AUGUGGAAAUAUCUCCUUGGCAAGGUUUUCGUGGCCAUCGGCGGCAAGGCUCAGAACCAACAGCAAGCGACUAGUGAUAGUGAGACGACAACGAUGGCGACAGCGGUCGAAACACGACCUAGUCAACCUAGUGGUCUGAUGGGGCUGCUCGGCAUCUUUGGCACCAUGAAGCGACAAAUUUUCGGCCCCUGCUAUGAUCCGUACCAGCGGGACCAGGUAGCACAAAAAAAACAAGAACAAGAACAAGCGCGUGACGAGCGACCAACCAAAGGAUGUUGGUCUCUUACCUCAUUGAUCGUGAACAAUAUCUCCACCAUGGCCUAUGAGCUCUUUUGGAACACAACAUCAGCACAACCGCCGGUAGCGGUAACAAGUUUCAACGAAAAACAGCAACAGCGACGUCGUCCACUCUUCCGUGGCCGGGAUAUUGACUUUACACAUUUCAAGACAUCGUCCGCUUGGGAAAACAGAAUGCAAGAGGCCGAACGGUUGAUUCGUGGUAUUUGUUUGCAAAACCAACAACAGCAACGAGACAGUAUAAACGAUCCCUCAGCAUGGGCUGUAAAUGCAGCCCUAGCCUAUCAACUUGCGCUCGAAGAAGACGAUAACAAAUGGGGCCUGGUGAACAAGGAGGAUCUCGAAGUCUGCUUCUUGGCACUCACGCCACCUCCGAAACCCAAACGCACUUACGUUACCAUCCCAGAAGCAUCUACACCACCAGGUGUACCUCACAAUUACCAGCAUCCACGCAAUCAUCCCCAUCUUUUUCAUGACGCAGUAGUACUAUCAUAG